AUGACUCAAACCCCAGCCCUGAGGAGGGCUUUCAGGAUGAGGCGAAGGCCGGUCAACUGCACCAUUCCUGAAGAUAUCAACACGAUGUUCGCGGAGCUGAACACACACCUGAACACAUCCAUGUUCCUCCAACUGAACACGGCGUUAACCCGCUACCUCCCAAAUGAACUCAACACCAACCUCGUCUUUGACAGCACGCACAGAUACGGCGGGAAGACGUGCCCGGAUGUUGUUACAGAAGACGUGAACGCCCCGCUGUCUGAACGCUCUCUCUGUCCGUGGUACUACGAGGCUGACGAAAUGCCCGCUGGUCACUAUCCGUCCGUCAUCCCCCAGGCCAUGUGUAAAUGUACUAGCUGUGUCCAGCACAGCCGCAGUGGGUGCGAGAGGGUGUCCACCACGGUGCGGGUUUUGAAGGAGACUGGCUGCAUGGCUGGGUUCCAGACCUACACAGCUGAGCUGAGGGUUCACCAUGUCGGGUGUGUCUGUGUUGGGCGCCGUCUUGAAAGUAACCCUGCGCCACUAACCACGACAACGGCAGCAACACCUAACCCAUGUGGUGCAUGGGGCUGUGCUGACUGA